UCAGUCUGAACUCUCACUCAAACGUCUGCCAGUGAGUGAAAAGUGCUGCAAAAUGCCCUCUGCAUAGCUCAGCACAAAUACUGGGCCUGGAUUUAGUGGCGGUGACCACCCAAAAACAGUGCCAUUUUUAGACGUUCACUGCUGACGUUUACAGAGCCUCCAAAUAGCUUCCGUUUUACACUGGUAGUGAUUGGACUGUUCUCUACUUACACACUGAGCUAAUAGAGUCGCCGAUCGAGUCCGACAUUCUACACUUCAAUGGAGGAUCAGCCCAAAGAUCGGGCACAAGACAAGCAGUAUCACCACCACGGAGAAGACAGAAGCUCUAAUCAACGUACAACUUGUCUGAAAAAUGAUCAGAGCCACUUCCAGCGCCAGCAUCAGGAAACGCAGACGAAGAAAACAGGCAAUAGAAAAGUGAACAGCAGUGACGAGGAAGGGGAGAAGUAUCCAGAUCUGUCUGAUUCUGUUGGUAUGUCACAUCCUCCCAACAGCAAUGGUAACCAACACACCACUAGUAUAAAUGUGAGGCAGAAGUCGACACAAAGGCUGUACACAACUGUUCCGAAAGUGAGCAGCAAAGGAUUGGACCAUAAGAAGGAUAUGGACCUUAAGAAUGACAAGGAAAAGACAUUUGAUUUGAAUCAUCAUGAGUGCCAAACUUUGGAUAAGAAAAACUCUGUGUUGCUUCAAAAUGGUGUUGUAAACUGUGGCUUAAUUACAAAUGGCUAUUCCAACAAGGACAAUGAUGGAAGCGGUUCUGAAUGUGGAUACACUACUCCGAAGAAACGGAAGGCCAAAUGUAACAAUGCCAAGAACACUGAUAAUGUCAUAAAAGACAUGGAGAAAGACAUGCAGCAGGGAAAUACUACAGAUGAGUCUGGAGCUUUUAAUGUUGAGACAACUGAGAAGGGAGUGACUUCCAGACUUGAUGGCUUCAGAGCCACCCAUAAAGUAGAAGCUCAGUCAGCAGCUCGAAGGCCUGCUGUGUCAGAGGCUUCAGUGGGUGAAUCGCAGAGGAAAGGCUCUGAUGGCAAAACCGUUGGCAACUUUGGUAAAAAGAAUGAGGAAAGGCACAAAGCCAAGCUUUCCUCACCCUCAAAAGAGGACUCCUGGACUUUAUUCAAACCCCCUCCAGUAUUUCCUGUGGACAAUAGCAGUGCAAAAAUUGUUCCCAAGAUCAGUUAUGCAAGUAAAGUAAAAGAGAACCUCAACAAAGUAGCUCACGGCGGAGGAGAGACACUGCCUCCUCCUGUUAGACUGUCACAGGUCCCUAUGUCUGCUAUGAAAACUAUAACCUCAUCUAGCUUUACUAAUGGUCCUGUUUCUGGAAAUGGAAACAGCUGCCCGUCAGUGGGUACCUUCUUUGCUCCUGCUGCUAGUAGUAUUCCACCAGGCCCAUCUAUCCCAAGUGGCGAGAAUGUAGCAUCUCUUUUGGAAAGUAACUGUAGCUCAACAACCAGUCCUGUAGAUGGAGAAACCUAUGAGCUUAGGAAGUGUACUCUUUUAAUUUACCCCUUAAAUAUGCAACCCAUGCUCCCUAGUGCUCGUCACCUUGACCCUCCAGCUGCUCAGACAAAUCAGAAAGCCUUGGGAGACAUCUUCCAGAAUCAAUGGGGGCUAUCUUUCAUUAAUGAGCCCAGUUUAGGGCCAGAGGGGGGAGGAGGAGGAGGGCCGGUGCCCGUGGAGGAUGACAAGACUGUGGUCAUACCUCAAAGCGAGUGUCAGGCUGCCUCGGCCAAGUCUGCCCACCCCUGCUUUGAUAUUAUCCCAUCAUUUUUGGAGCCUGGUACUUUGGCUCAAGACCCAGAGAGAAGGACUUGUGCCCCUUUCAAUGUGUCUAAUGCUUGUUUUCCUGCUUGUGUGAUGAGUGGGGAGGAGAACAAGCUGCAGCUCUGUGGCCAGGAAAAGACAAAUGCUGUGGCCAAGAGUGCAGGUUCAGCUGCACCAGUCCCCAGUAAAGACAGCAGUGCUAAACCUGCACAGGGUCAGCAAACUACUUUGCUGUUUGGCCCACCGAAAGAACAGACCCACUCUAAAGCCAUUGGCAGAAGGUCAAGCUGGGGGUCCUUUGAUGUUAAAGCUGCUGUCACUUAUCACACUAAAGAAAUGGAAUCCAUUUUCAACUUGCAAAAACAAGAUCCAAAAAGAGUAGUGGUUUAUAAUGAAACCAAGGACUGACCCUGAUCAGUGAGGUAGAUGCUUUCCAGUACUGACCUUCUCCUCUGGGUGCUGCAGUUAUCUAGCCUGGAAAUCACAAAUCCUCUUGGAUGGAUAAAGUGACAACUGUGAAAACACUUGAUAGUUGAACAUGACAGAUUUUUGGAAUCUCGGGUCGAAUGACACUCUGUAUUCGGGGCAUCAGACACACACACACACACACACACACGCACACGCACACACACUGUGGAGUAACGUUAAAGGAGUUGAUCGGUGCCUCUCCAACAUGAUGAAUGGACACUUGCAACUUAAAGCGGUUUGUCUCACGGCUCUUAAAGGACGACGUUCAGGAGUUCAACAAAGAAAGGCGUCUAGGACUGCGCCUCCCUAAGCCUUUAUCCUGUUGAACUGCGGCAGCCGUUGCCUCAGUCAUUUUCUUUCUUAACACAUUCAAAUAAGUUAAUUGUAGAUAUAUUAGACGUUAUUCAUACACAUCUUUGCGCAGGCUUCAAUUCAUUGCGAACAAAAGGAGAAUACACUUUGCAGAGAAUACCUUGAAGUUGUGGAGUAAGGAAUGUUUGGCGUCCUGUUAAAAUCUUAAGUUCAGUGAAAGCUCGUAGACGAGGCCCCAUCCGAGAAGGUGGAACCUUGACUCAAAUCAGUGCUUUUUUCUUUUCAUACCGUUUGGUGUUAGAAUAAAACCAGUGUUCUCUGCACUGCAGUGUGACCCCUGAGCACUGGCUGCACAAGUGCCCAACUUGAAGGCAAAGUCUUGCCCCUUCAUUCAUUUUUUCUUUUUUUUGAUUACAGGAUUUGCAAAAGAUUUUAAAGGAAAAGAAAAUCAGGUCUCCGUUAAAGGUGAAGCAUUUUUAAUAGUUGAGCUUCUCAUACAUUUCAUCUUGUGUGAUUGUUAGGCCUGGGUCAUAGUCCACGUGUCAGCAGAGGUCCAUGUGACGUAAAUGUCGUCGUCCGGGUGUGUUGGUGGUGUGUAUGCGGACCUCCAUGUUCUGUGAACACAUGGAUUGUCUGGCUGACCGCUUAUGCUCCCUGUGGCACUACACUUUCCAGUCCACUUGGUGGUGCGCUCUUGUUUUGGCCAAAAGAGAAAAAGAAGAAGACAUUAACCGUGGACACUUGGUUUAAAUUUUGCAAGGAGGUCCACGCACACUCAAAGAAGACGACGAUGUGUGGAAUGCUAGACUGACAAGGACUCUCAUUUUACUAUGAAUGGAUCGCGGUAAUGUAUGCGCAAGCAGAAAUGCAUAGCAGCUCUCUGUGCACACGGAACGUGUUAAGUAUGACCCAGGCUUUACCAGUUCGGUGCAGGCUGUUGUUAAUUUUAGAUUCAUAUCCCUGCUGGCAUAUGGUUUGAGUUACUAAAGUGUGAAAAAAAAGACUAAAGCGUGAAACAAACUGUUAAGUGAGAGACAUUUCUUCCAACAGGGUCUUCUGUGUUUUGUGCUGUUUGUUCAGGGGCAAGACUCAGGAUAUCCAUUCAGAUAAUGUUGCCUGCGUUUCUGUCUAGUUGAACACUUGUCAAAAGAACAUAUUGUUGCAUUUAAUGACUUUAGGUUUUUUUUUUUCCUGACUCAUGAUUUUGUGUCUCUACUUUUCAGUCUUACAGAGCGUAUGUUUCUUGCAUGUUUACUGGUGGAAAUGAAUGAGUCAGAGGUCACUGCCCAUGGCCAGAAUAAGACUAGAAUAACAAGAAUUGCAAUACUAAUCUAGGUUCCCCCAACUAGCCACUUUGUCAAACAGUGUUGAAAUGUGAAAAUAAGGUGUGCAUUUAUGUUUUACUGUAGAUGACCUUUGCAAACCAAUGUGCAAUAACCCCAUGUGAUCCAUUUGAUUUGUGAAAUGGGUUACAUGGAGCUACGAAAUCAUCACCCUAAGAUUCUGCUGUGACCCACAGUACAUUUGAUAGUUCAAAAUGUUAAAGGUGCAUUUUCAGUGUUCUUGUUUAUUGCGAAAGAGCUCAUGUUGAAGGUAUAAUUAAGCGUAUAUUUGCUGACUGCUAAAGGGCCAGCUCACCUGUGACGUCACUUUCAUUACCGUCUCCAAAUCAGGAUUGUUUAUUCACAACAGAGGAACUAACCCUAUCCCUGGUUUCUUUGCUCAGAUGAUUUCAUUAGUUUAAAGCUUCAGUAAGCAGGAUUACUGGGAAAAUGGCACAGAAAGAUGCACACCAUCUUUGAACCUCUGGUAUUGAUAUGCUUUUUAUUCAUAGACUGUAGAUAAAAAGUGGAGGCAGUCUGAAAUUCAAGAUUUGUGACUUGACUAGGUUAGUGAACAUACUGCCGUAAGGCAGCAGCUAGCGAGAUGCAUUCAAAGACCAUGUAAAACACUUCUGCAUCUACAGUGUGCUAGACUUAGAGGAGCAGCCUCAAGAUGCAUUCAAAAAAUCUUGUAAAUGUCAUUACCUCUACAACCACUAACUAAACGCUUGCUGCUGUCACCACCUUGUGAUAAUAAAUGCACCAAUAAAAUAGGCAGUCUUUGGAGUAGAACGAUUUGUUUUUAUAAAUACAUUCACACAUAAAACAUUGUGUUUUGUGUCUUCUAAUAUUUUACCAAUUGUCAUAGUUGCUGAUAUAAUGUAAUCCAGUGAAAAAUUGAAUAUAAAUGCUCAUCCCAGGCCCCUCCCAGCCAACAUGUACAUGUGGGCCCCAUAAGGGUUUGCACUGUCCUGUGUUUCCCGUAAUGCUAUAGACUUUUUUGUCAGGCUGUAGAGGCUAUUAUGGAAUUAUUGAUCAGAAAAGCCAAAAAAAAGUCCUGCCUACUGUAGCUUUAAUGUAUGAAUUUUUAGCACUUUAUGUAAGCAAAUUGCUUUUAUCUUUUAAUUGCUAGAAAGAUCUUUAUGUACUGACCAGAAAUACUCCUUGAAAGAAUGGCUCUGGGCUGUUACUUUUCAGAAAAAAAGUUGAUGAAUACAGAAUUAUUAAAUGUAACUCAGGUAGUGUUGAUAAAGCCAUGACUAUGUUAAA